CCAGUCUACAUGUAUAGUAUGGGAGGGCUUGCGGAAUACUGUGUUGUGCCCGCAAAUGCGUUGACCGUAUUACCAGACUCAUUGCCAUAUACAGAGUCUGCAAUACUAGGAUGUGCCGUCUUUACUGCAUAUGGUGCUAUGGCCCAUGCAGCUGAGGUGCGUCCAGGGGAUUCUGUUGCUGUUAUUGGAACGGGAGGUGUUGGUUCUAGCUGUUUGCAGAUUGCUAGAGCAUUUGGUGCUUCUGAAAUUAUUGCUGUGGAUGUUCAGGGAAAGCUAGAGAAAGCAAAAACAUUCGGCGCUACUCACACCGUGAAUGCAGCACAAGAAGAUCCAAUUGGAAAGAUAAUUGAAAUAACUGGUGGAAAAGGUGUUGAUGUUGCUGUGGAAGCCUUGGGAAAACCGCAGACGUUUUCCCAGUGCACACAAAGUGUGAAGGAUGGAGGAAAAGCUGUGAUGAUUGGACUAGCACAAGCUGGUGCUGUAGGACAAAUGGAUAUAAAUCGCCUUGUUCGUAGAAAGAUAAAAAUUAUCGGAUCGUAUGGAGGUAGAGCAAGGCAAGAUCUUCCUAAGUUAGUCAGACUGGCAGAAACAGGUAUCUUCAAUCUUUCCAAUGCUGUUUCUAGAAGAUACAACUUUGAGGAGGCAGGCAAAGCAUUUGAAGAUCUCAAUCAGGGAAAAAUUGUUGGACGAGCUGUCAUUGAGAUAAGAUAAUCUUGUUCUGCAUUGCAUUCAAUGCUUUGUGGCUAGAAUUCUGCUUCUUGCCCGUAAUGCAAGGAACUGGUGGCCUGAGAUCACAUGAUGGAUAUUUUUUGCUCACAUUCUGCUCAUCUGUACUGAUAACAGUUCCUAAUGGCCAUGAUGUGUUCAAAGCACUCAAAUAAAAUAAAUAUUUUCAUGUCA